CACUCCACCCCCAUCCCCCUUUGGAGUAGUGAGUAUGGACGACCGACCUGCAGCUCCUCUGCGGAGCUCAUCGGUGGCUUCGAGGAGUGAGGGACAUGCCGACCGAGUGUAUGGCCCACAUGGCGAGGUGGACGGGGUGGUGGACGAGGUGGACCGAGGCAUGGACAGCGAGGAACAUGGUCAGAACAUGGUGGACAUGUCGUCCAUGAUGGACAUGCCGCAGGAGGCGGGAGGAGAUGACUUGGACGAGUCACGCCCGCUAGAGGUCGGCUUUGCAUCGUCGCAGAUCAUGGCGGUGGUCAAGCCCAUCAUCAUCUGCAUGAUCAUGACCAUUUUCCUCGUUCGCACCAUUCACAUGGGCGUCGACAACUCGCAGCAGCGUUGGGCCGGCCUCGCGUACGACGAGGACAGCGACAGCGAGGCGUCGGGCGCACAAAAGCUCGGCGGCGCGCUCAUCAACGCGCUCAUUUUUGUGGUGCUCAUCACGGUCAUGACCUUUGUCUUUGUCCUCCUCUACAAGUACGGAUGCAUGAAGAUCAUCUACGGCUGGUUGAUGAUGUCGUCGUCGAUGAUGCUCGGCGCCAUCGGCGCGUACAUCUUCCUCCGCUUGCUCACAGUGUACAACGCGCCGCUGGACCUGUUCUCGUUCUUGUUCAUCCUGUUCAACUUUGCCUGCGUCGGCAUGGCCGCCAUCUUCUGGCAGGCUCCGCUGCGGCUGCAGCAGAGCUACCUCAUCAUUUCAUCGUCGUUCCUCGCCACUAUGUUCUACGCGCUCCUCCCGACCUGGACGCGGUGGGUCCUUUUGGCUGCCGUCGCCGUCUACGACAUUGUGGCCGUCCUCUGUCCCAAGGGUCCGCUCCGCAUGCUUGUCGAGACCGCACAGGAGCGCCCAAACCAGGCCCUGCCAGGCCUACUCUACCACACUGGCAUGGCAUUUACCACCGUGACCAUGGCCGACGCCGACCGCUCCGGCCCGUCGUCGUCCGACGGCGUGCCUGCUCGCCCACCACGCACCAGCGCCUCGUCGUCGGCCGCCCGCCCAGUCACCGUCAUCAACGAGGACGGCACCCGCAUCCGCGCCAAGUACCGCUACGAGUACGAGUACGAGUACGACGAGUCGGACGAUGACGAGGCGCGCGACGGCGGACGCCGCGGCCGCCGCUCGCGCGGCCCGCCCGCCCUCGCCCCGUCCGCUAGCGAUGAGGAGUCGUCGUCUGGCGGCGUCCCGCCUCCGCUCCCCACUCGGCUCACGGUUGAGCGCGAGACGCUCGAUGGCGCCGAAGACCAGCUGCUCGGCAACCGGGCCCGGGCCGAUGGCGCCAUUCCGGCCCCGGCAUCGGGCGCGUAUUCGUCGCCGCUCGAGCGCGAGUCUGGCCGCGGCCUCUCGCUUGGCCUCGGCGACGCGGUCUUCUACUCGGUCCUCUCGUCGUCGUCGUCGGCAUCGGGCGGCCUCAUGGCGUUCUUCACCACCUCGGCCGCCAUCCUUGUCGGCCUCGAGCUCACCCUCUUCUGCCUCGGGGUCUUCAAGAAGGCGCUGCCCGCGCUGCCGUUCUCCAUCGCGCUUGGCAUUUUUACCUACCUCGCCACCGAGCUCGUCAUGAGCCCGUACUUUAUCCAGCUCUCGAUGGCCGGCGUGGUGGUGUGAAGCGUGGCGCGGGAGCAGACAGCAGGCGAGACGUGAGGCCCGUUUAUUUGCGUUCUUUGCGUUAAAGUACACGGUACAAG